UUCGCGCCACGCCCGCCCAGUUCCGCGGCGGCAUCCCGGCCUUCUCGGCCGCCUCCUCCGCCUCGGGAGCCAGUCUGCCCACCAGCAGCCCUGCCGUCUCCGAUACAGCCUCCGUCGGAGACAAGUCCACCGGAGACGACACGUCUCCCCAGCUGGAGACAAAGGCCAGCCGACCCAGGAAGCGCAAGGAAGUCGAGAAGCGCGCCUCCAAUUCCAGCGCGGACUCUCUGGUCUCGGAGCCGGAGACGGCGUGCUCCAAAGGUCACGUGCUGCCGCUGCCCGGUGACCCGUCCACGCUGCGCCGGAGGGAGAUCAGUCAGCUGUGCCGCCAGGUGGAGUCUCUCCAGGGGGAGGUGCGCUCCGCCCAGCUCACCAUCAGCCGCUGCAACGAGCGCGAGAGGCAGCUGAAACACAAAUUAUCUGAGCACCAGCGCUCGGAGCCGCAGCACCAGCCCCUCUCCCGGACAGAAAAUGUCACCUGUAUCGACAUCGAUAACCGGUCAGCGGGCCUGAUCCGCCGUUUCGGGGCGCUCUACUCACACGGGAGAGCCGAGGCCAUGGCUGCCCUGGACGCGCUGCCCGAGCUCAGGAACUCAGAGGAACUCAAGUCCAAACUGCUCUUCAGCGUGGUGGUGCUGGCGUUCCGCUCAGUGACCUCGGGUCAGCAGGCGGUCAGGGAAGUGGUCCGACGGCAGCUGCAGAUCCCGCCGCCCCCUCCGGCCUCCCACCCUCAGCCGCCGGGCAGAGGGGACCCGACGGCCAGUGAGCGCAGCAACCAGCUCGAGCGCACCAUCACCACCUUCCUCCAGCAGACGGUCGACACGUACGACCUCUCCAACAACGUGGAGGAAGUAUGCAGCCAAAUCUGGGCCACGCUGUACGACUACCCGUCACUGCGCACUACUGAGGGUCUACUCAGCUAUGUGAAGGAGAGCGUCCGACUGGCCUGGGGACUGAUUAACCAGACGCCGCCGUGCCGUAUCGAGUACGAGGUGCGUCAGUUCAGCAGCGACCUGCACGUGCGGCACCAGGCCUCCGACGCCGGCCAGAGUGUCGUGCAGACCUACGUGUGGCCGGCACUGAUGGAGGAGGCGGCGUGCGUCCAGAAGGCAGUCGUCAUCACGUGAUGACAGUCAGAGUGGCACGGUCGGUCAGGCAGAGAGCGGCCGUGGAGAUACCACCUGGCGUCGGGGAAUGUAACUACAAGUUUGGCGGCGGCGGCUGCUCGCAGAGGGCGCUGCCGUCGUCGCUGCCUGACGGACUGGACCGGACUGCGGACUCUCCGCCAUCUGACGGCGGGCUGAAGACGGCCUGUCGACUACCGCUUCAACCGCAGGAAGCCACCUGCG